CCAAUUCCAAUGACCAUAUCAUACACAGUUUAUACUUUGACUAGCACAAAAAUUCCGCCAUGAAAAUUGCAUUAAUUCAGUUACUCGUUGGUUCAGAUCCUACUGCCAAUGUCAACCAAGCCGUCGAGGCAGUGAAACAGGCAAAGGCCAAAAAUCCUGAUUUAAAACUGGCCAUUUUGCCAGAGUGCUUCAAUGGUACAUACGGAGUGGAACACUUUGCCCAAUUCGCCGAGAAGGUGCCUCAGGGCCCGACCUGUCAGGUGCUCUCCAACCUGGCCAAAAACCUUGGCCUCUACUUAAUAGCCGGGACGAUAAUCGAACAAGCUGAUGGUGGUGAUUUGUUCAACACUUGUACGGUUUGGUCCCCCGCUGGCAAGCUAAUUGGCAAGUACCGCAAGAUGCAUUUGUUUGACAUAUACCUUAAUUCUGAAGCUGGCGGUUGUAUACAAUUCACGGAAUCAUCAGCUCUAAGACCGGGCAACGAGUUCACCGUGGUCGAAAUAGAAAAUCGAAAAUUCGGCAUCGGCGUUUGCCAUGAUAUGCGAUUUGACGAAUUGGCUCGGGUCUAUCGGAAAGAAGGAUGUGACGCGAUUGUGUACCCUGGAUGCUUCUGCAUUACUCAAGGCCCAAUGCAUUGGGAAUUACUGCAGAGAUCCCGUGCCAAUGAUAAUCAACUCUUUGUGGUGUCAGUUUCAGCGGCCCGCGAUGUGAACGCUGAUUAUGUUGCAUAUGGACACUCAAUGGUUGUGGAUCCGUGGGGCAGGGUUAUGUGCGAGGCGGCAGAAAAACCUGAAACUAUAAUCGCUGAUAUUGAUUUUACGAUGGUCGAUGCAGUUCGAAAGCAAAUUCCGAUAUAUGGACAGAGGAGAGUAGACAUGUAUGAAACCAUCAAAUUGAAAAAAUAAAUGCGUGACUAUACUUAA